AUGAUUCAUUCACUCACUUCGCCCACCCUCCCCAUCACCUUUGAUGGAAUCCCGAAAGUGGACAACCUUCUUCAUUGCCGAGUUGCCAACAUCAGACGCAACAAGGUUCUGUUGGCUGGGACUGUCGUGGCGUUGGUUGGCGUUGCGCUCGCUGCCGUGACGGUGUUUCGAAACGACGCCGUCCCGAGUUUGUAUGCAACUGGAUGCAGGCAGACGGGGAGUGCGGAAAGCACAGAGAGAGGCGUGACGGAUGGUGGAUUUGGGCUCGAGCCUGGAAGUUAG